GGCCUACGCCAAAAUCUUAAAAAUAUUUCAGGUGGUACGCAGUUGUUAAAAGGCUGGGAACCCCUGCUUUAGAUUGUGAUUAGCAUUAUAUUAGUUGUUCAAAAUGUUUAAGUAUUAUUUCGUAGCGUUGUAUUUCUCGUUAUAUUUUACUCUUGGAUGUUGUGAAUGUUGUAACUAUCGACUCAAUUUAUCAGAAGCUGUACCAACAACCUAUGAAAUCGUAAUCAAACCUGAUUUAGAUAAUAAUGUAUUUCAUGGACAAGUCAUCAUUUAUGUAGUGACUAAAGAAAAUUUAAAUGGGAUUACAUUACAUAGCGAUGAACUAAAUAUAACUGAUGUUUAUAUUAAUCAAAUAAAAGGUUAUUACGUAGAAAAUACAGACGAAAGAAUAACAGUCAAAUAUAAUUCUGGUUCCAUCCAACCGGGAAAGCACACACUUUUGUUUAAGUAUUCUGGUAAAUUUCGGACAGAUCCCUCACGUGGUCUGGUAAAAGCUUUAUAUGAAUACAAUGGCACUAAAGAAUAUGUUUAUGUCACGGAUUUGGAGCCGAACUGGGCCAGAAAAGUAUUUCCCUGCUUCGACGAACCUGCAUUUAAAGCUAAGUACCAUAUUAAGCUGGUAUCACCAAACGAAACUUAUGUGGCUAUUUCAAAUAUGCCUGAAAUUACUAAAUUCCGCACCUCAUAUGGAAUUGUUCAUGAAUUUGCACCCUCUGUUCCGAUGUCGACAUACCUGGUAGCUUUUGCUUUUACUAAUUUUCCUUACUACACUGAAACUUUGGAAUAUAAAGGAAGGCUGAUUCCAAUAAGAAUAUUCACCGUCAACGCGAGUAAAGAAAAUAACGAGUUUGUUAUGCAAUGUGCCAAAGCUGCAUUGUCAUUUUAUUCAGAUUACACGGACAUUAGCUAUCCACUACCUAAAGUAGAUUUGAUUGAAUACAAACGAAAGGCAACUGCAGCUACAGAAAAUUGGGGGUUAAUUACUUUUAGGCAGGGUAUACUUACUAUACCGUUACGUAUUUAUACCAAAUCUCAGAUAAAACUGAUCACAUAUCACGAAAUAAGUCAUUUUUGGUUUGGGAAUUUGGCAACAAUCGCAUACUGGAAUGAUAUCUGGCUAAAAGAAGGAUUUGCAACUUAUAUGGAAUAUAAAUUAUCAGCACAGGAUAAUAAUAUCACGCAGCUUGAUGAGAUGAAAUUUUAUUACUUUAACAAAUUUCUUGAAUCAGAAAUUUAUAACGAGAGCCAACCAAUCGUUCAAUAUUUACCAGACCCAACUAAGAUUGCUAAGGUUUAUAACAUUCUUGUGUACCAAAAGGCUUCGGCAAUUCUAUUAAUGUUGGAGGACCAAGUUGGCCAGGAAAAAUUCAGAGAAAUAAUCAAGAAGUUUUUAAAGAAAUACGCCUAUCAUACAGCUACUACCAAUGAUUUUAUUACAGUCGUAGAAGAAGUAGUGUCAGAUAUGCCUUUAAGAACGUUUUUCGAGAGUUAUUUGUACCAACAUAAAUUUCCAGUUCUCAACAUCGAUAUUGUAGAUAACUCGACGUAUGUUAUAACACAACAAGUUAGCGAGACUGUUCAUCAAGAAAAAAUUAAUGCUACUAAUUGGACGAUUCCAAUUAGUUACCGAACUGAUUAUUCUACUGAUUUAAAACAUAUAUGGUUUCACAGAGAAAGGGAUGAAUUAAGACUUAAUGAACCUAAUGCGAAGUGGAUCAUUUUUAAUCCCGAGGGAAACCAAAUGUAUAAAUCUGUAUGGUCAACUGAUCUAUGGAACAAAAUCAUCAGCAACUUUGAAUUGAUGGAUUAUUCUACCACAAACACGGUUAUUUCGGACGCCCAUUAUUCAUUCCGAUUCAGUAAAAUCAAAUGCGAAAUAAUAAUACACCUGAUGGAACGGUUUGGACCAGAACACAAGAAAAAAUGGAUACUUUUCAACAGUUUAUACAAUGAUCUUAAAAAAAACCUCUUCUGUCAUAAAUAUACUGAAGAAGCGAUACUAUUCUGGAAAUUCCUAAAGAGAAGAUUGGCUGAAACAAAUUACAAAAAAAUGUCUGAAUUUAAAGCACCUAAAUCAUGUGAUGACCAAUUUAUUAUUCAAACUGAAAGCUACCGAAACAAUUUAGACCAGUGUGCGACAUGGAUUAGAAAAAACCUAAAAGAAUAAGAUCCGAACGUAAUCAAGACAAGUCUUUGACAUUUGUAUUGAAAAGUGUUUGUAUAUUAAAUAAAAAAAAAAUAAA